AUGAAACGCAAGUUUUCUACCUUCUGCAAGGACGCGAGCGCGAUCGCUGUCUUCAAUCCUUUGCCUCUCGUUCCGGCUUCAAGAAGCGCCUCCGUCUCUCCUUUGCUUCCGAAUGCUUCGGCUUCUCUUGUUCCUCUCUUUCCCGCUCCCUCCGACGGGGAUCAUCAUGUCACUUCUCCUGCUCCUCCUACUUCACUUCAAACUCGAAACAAUUGGGUUUACGAAACCGCGCUUCUCAAUCACCGCCACCUCACCACCACCCUCUCCUGGUACACGACACCCACCGGCCGCCGCCAACUUCUCGUUGGUCUUCACGUCAUUGGCGGCGAUGACCCAUUGUCUCUCUUCAAGUACAAUGUCUGCAUAAACCCCAGCGUCCCUGAGCAGAACAGAGGCCAAGAACUCACCCAGUACGAGAGCUCCCAAAUAGCAGUGUUCUGGGAUUUCUCCCGCGUUAAGUAUGACACGGGACUGGAACCCGUCGACGGGUUCUUCCUUCUGGUCCUGGUGGACUCACAAGCAGCUUUCCUUCUUGGGGACGUCCCAGAACAGUGUUCCACGGUCUUCCAAGCGCUCGGUUUCACUCUCGUAUCGCAAGCAGAGUGUGCGUUGUCCUGCAAAAACGGAAGGCUCCAUGGCAUCGAGGCUCGGCUCACUGGAAAAGGGCCAUUCAAAGAUGUUCUGAUACAAUGCAGAGGAAUGGAGACGGAGGAUCUGGAGAAGUGUACUGUGUUGUACGUUCACAUUGGGAAGGAGCUUGUAUUGAAGGUGAGGAAGUUGCAUUGGAACUUCAGGGGGAUGCAGACGAAGGUUUUAGCGGACGGCUUGGAGGUCGAGAUUGCGUGGGAUGUACAGGCUUGGUUGUUCAGAGAAGAAAAAUCAGAUGCAAAAGGAAAGAAGAAUCCACCAGAAUUUGCGACCUUCGCUUUCAUGACACAACAUGGAUCCAGCAUUUUUCACUGUUGA